AUGUCGAGACUUCCUCUUAAGUCCGCUACCGCCAUGAAGGCGUCCAAGGGACCCUUUCAGCCUGAUGAAUCUGAAGCUCUUACCCUCUCGGCGAAGCUCGCAGCCAUCCGCAUUGAGGAAGCUGCGAAUGAUAGCAAGAAGGGUAAGGAGGAAGUCAUUUUCAAAGAUGCUGUUUCUGACGCUGCACCAGAAGGAGAAGAUGUUUCUCAUGACGACGAUGAGGACAAUGUUUCACGCGACAAUGCUGACGAUGGCUCGGGACCAUCGGGGGUUACCCACCUGCUUAACGAUGAGGACGACGGGCUUAUUGCCUAUGAUUCUGACGAAGAGGUCGAGGAAGCGUCAAAGGGAGAGAUCGCGUCACGUUCCUGCUACCCGAUCACCCUUCUGAUCCCUGAAGAGUUUUUGUUGGAAGUACCUCGCACACAGGCAACGAUCAAGGGAUUGGUGGGGAUUUGGAAGGAUGAGCUGUCUGAUGGGGCCCAGGCGAUGGCGCUAUUCUUCUCCGCCGCGGGAUGGUUCCGUCAACGGCUCGUAGGCCCGCGCACGGCGGAAGCUGGUGUGCGCGGAGGUUCCGUCUCCGCAAGCGCUGAAGCGUGCGCGGACAGGGCAGCGCGGGCUCGGCGCAAGAUGAUGGGGAUGCGGAAGCUUACGCGGGCGGAGCGGGAAGCGACGGAGGCGGAGGAGCGGAAACAGCGCGAGGAGAUCGCGCAAAUGGUGGAAGCGCAGCGGAAGGCGCGGGAGCAGGCGGAAGGGGCGAGUAAUACGAAUAACUGGGAGGUUAUCGGGAAAAAGCCCGCGAAUGUUGGAAAAGCGGUCGAGGUACCAACAAUAACGAGACGGGCUGUAACGAAUAGAGAUAACUGCCCGUACAAAGGAAGCCGGUCCCACAGCGUAGUGAGCGCAAAAUCGCUUACCGGGCAGACGAAAAGUUUAGGGCAGCCCAUUAGCAGCGCGCGCAAAACGGAUUCGAGCAGCGCGCGCACGGCGGAUUCGAACAGCGCGCGCAUGACGGAAAGAGCGCCCGUGGGAUCUGCGCAAGCGGGCGUGUUGGGGAAGGGGCAGGUGCGGAGUGGGUUGCCCGCGAGUUUUAAUAAUAAGGGUUUUGAGGCGCCUGAAAAGUCGGCCGCGGCUUUAGAGAAUAAAGGCGGCAGCAGCGUGUGGAAUAAGGGGAGCACUAGCGGAUCCACUACCGGCGGCGACAGCAGCAGCAGCGUCGGCGGCGGCGGCGGUGGCGGCGCGCGGAAUAAGGGAACCAUUUUGUGCCCAGCGCCCCCGCCGCGCUCUUCUAACGAGUACACUACUUCCCCGAUACAAGCCUCUCCGCCCACUCGAGAUAAUCGCACGUUCUCCCAGGUGGCAAAGAGCAGCAGCAGGAGAAGCAGCGGGGAGCAAGACAAGCAGGGUAGUGUGAAGACGGGAGGGAAAGAAGUUGGACCUUCCAUUGUCAGGUUAGCCGUCUGUGCUACAGCCGUCUGUGCUACAGCCGUCUCUGAACCCUCCACAGGGGCGGGUGAGUCUGAGGUGACAGGGACGGCAUGCCUGUGGUCGUACCCUGCCAUUGCUCCCUUGCUUCAUCCCGCUCCUGCUGCUGCUGCUGUCGCUGCAACGGCAGUGUCGCCAGCACCAUCAGCCUGCGACUCCUUGCCGUUCGUCUCCUCCUCUUCCUUCCCAUCCUCCUCCUUCACCACUCCUAUCAAGCAGCAACCGCAGCAGCAGCAGCAGCAGCAGCAGCAGGGGAGGAACGAGGGAGUAGCGUGUGGGAGGGAGUGGGAGAUGUGGGGUUCCACACAGCGGCUCACAGACGCUUUCGGCUUCACACCUCCUACCUUCUCUGCAUCCUCUUCCGCUGCUCUUCCCUCCUCCCCCCCUCUUCCUGCCUCCGCUCUUUCCUCAACCCCUGUUCCCGCCUCCACCAUUGCUUCUCUCACCACCACCACAACCACCCCCAACUCCUACCUCACCAAUCCCUUCGCCCUCCCCUUCUCCUCGCCCUUCUCACUGGGGUUUUCACCCACUCUCGUGCCCGCCACACCCGUCGACCCAGCACCACUGACAAAUAGCCCACUCAGUCUUAGCACCCCUGCUGCUGCUCUGCCCGGUACUGCUGUCGGCUCGGUAGAGAGGAGCAGCUUCACCGGAUCAAAGAACACUUUUCAUGCAGACAGGCAUGCUUUCCCUGGGUCCUGGAGUGCAGGGGGGGUGGCUUCUGAGUCGAGUCAGCAGUCACCUCGUUUUCCUGGGUCGUGGAGUGCUGGGGGGCAAGAUUUGACUGGGUUCGGCGAUGCGCUAAAGAGUAACGCGUUUAGAGCAGCGAUUCGCGGCGGUGGCAGUGGAGUGGGCGGCGGGGCGGGCGGCGGAGGGAUGCGGGCGGCGUGGAUGACGGAGAUGUGGGACGAGGACGUGCCGCCCGCUUUUGUGGAUUGCAUCACGCAGGAGAUCAUGCGCGACCCGGUGAUCACAGCCGACGGGCACUCUUACGAACCUGGGAGGGAGGAGGGAGGGAGGGGGGGGCAGCACGCACAGCAGGAGAUCAUGCGCGAUCCAGUGAUCACAGCCGACGGGCACUCUUACGAACGCUUGUGUGUGCUGGGAGGGAGGGCAGCACGCAUUGGAAGAGGGGAGAUCAUGCGCGAUCCGGUGAUCACUGCUGACGGGCACUCUUACGAACGGGCUGCCAUCGAGAAAUGGAUCAUGCGAGUGUUUGGGGGAAAGACAGGGGAGGGAGGAUGA